AUGGUUGGGAGAGGUGGAACCUUUGCCCAUCCCCUGUCUCCUUCGCCCAUCCCCUGUCAUCUUUGCCAACCCCCUUGUCCUUUGCCAUCCCCUGUCUCCUUUGCCCAUCCCCUGUCUCCUUUGCCCAUCCCUUGUCUCCUUUGCCCAUCCCCUGUCUCCUUUGCCCAUCCCCAGUCUCCUUCGCCCAUCCCCUGUCAUCUUUGCCCACCCUCUGUCCUUUGCACAUCCCCUGUCUCCUUUGCCAAUCCCAUGUCUCCUUCGCCCAUCCCCUGUCAUCUUUGCCCAUCCCCUGUCCUUUGCACAUCCCUUGUCUCCUUUGCCCAUCCCCUGUCUCCUUUGCCCACCCCCUGUCUCCUUUGCCCAUCCCCUGUCUCCUUCGCCCAUCCCUUGUCAUCUUUGCCCACCCCGUCCUUUGCACAUCCCCUGUCUCCUUUGCCCAUCCCCUGUCUCCUUUGCCAAUCCCCUGUCUCCUUCGCCCAUCCCCUGUCAUCUUUGCCAACCCCCUUGUCAUUUGCCCAUCCCCUUUCUCCUUUGCACAUCGCCUGUCUCCUUUGCCCAUCCCCUGUCUCCUUUGCCCAUCCCCUGUCUCCUUUGCCCAUCCCCUGUCUCCUUUGCCCACCCCCUGUCUCCUUUGCCCAUCCCCAGUCUCCUUCGCCCAUCCCCAGUGGUGUACUCGAGAUGUGGGGCUAUGAUCCGCACCCGACUCAUGGUGUCCGUCCAUGCUCGGAGGCGUCGUUCCUCAUCAUCCAGGCUUCGGUGUCAGGCAGGGUUCACACACCCGACGAGGAGGAUGAGGUGGAGCACGUGACAGAGAUGGAUGAGGCCCCCACUUCAGACACCCAUGAUAUGGCAGCGGGCGACGAGGAUGCAGUUGCACCCGAGUCGCCUCAUCGUCGCUGGGAGGAGAGGGGGACUAAGAAGAGGCGGCGGGAGGAGUUGGAGGGGGUGGAAAACGACGAUUUGGCCAUGGAUGAUCUCGUCGAGGAGGUGACUGUUGGGCAGCGCUUUAGUGUACACUUCCACCAUGUCAUGGUGCGCAAUGCGACACUCGCAAGACUGGGUCUCCCCAUGAGUGCUGAGGAUGUGGCAGCUGAGCUCGCCCUCGCUGCUGACCAUUGGGCGGGUCUACAUGCGGGUUGUGCUAGGGGGGACGUCCUUCCUCGUUGCGUGAAGGACAACUGGGGCCCUGAGAGUGCUGUGUACGAGCCCGACUCUGAGACCCACAAGGCGGUGAAAGAGUGGCUGGCCACUCACUGCAGCGCAGAACAGAUGCGACCCUACGUGCUUGGGGCGGGGAGUUGGCUAAACGAAUCAUUCCACUCCCUCAUCUGCAAGUAUGCUCCCAAGCGCGUGAGGUUCUUGGGGAGCAUGGAGGCUCGCAUUGCAUUGGCCGUGCUCCACUGGAACAACACUGUGGAGCGGGUGGUCAAGGCAUACAAAACACGGCUCCGAAAGGCGACACGGGUCAGGCGUGGCAAGAAAGAUCGUGUUCUGGGCCCCAUGGACUGGACCUGGGUUGACGACAUCAUGCGCGACUGGACGGCUUCCCGGGGGAGGCCUGAGCCUGCUCCGCCUGUGGUUACACCCGAUUCGGAUGCACCCGAGUCUGUUCCCCCUCGAGACACUGAUUAUGUUUUUUCCACCCCGCCUCCAGCCACAGUGCUUUGUCCAGGCCGGGACCAGCAGCACCAGCUCGUGGUCCAAGAGGCGCCACAGGACCGUGUGUGGCCCCCGCCCGUCCCGUGCACGCUGUCGUCUCACGUGUACAUGGACUACGAUAUCAGCACGGAGCACCCGCCGGAACAUGAGAAGCAGCGCAAGAAGGGCAAGGUAGCGGGACGGAGGGAGACCAAGGAGCGGAGAAACGGACAGGAGUGGGAGGUGAUGCAUCGUUCUGUAGGAGCAGGGAAAGGGGGGGAGGGUCUGGAUUUGGGGCCGGGGAAAGGUGAGGGAGAUGGCGGGAAAGAAGCUGAGGGGUCUGAUCGGCUGAAGGAAGACGGACGCAGAUUCGAGUUUGGAAGGCGGGAUUGGAUUGGCAUGGAGGGGUGGGGGAAUAUUGGGAGGGGGGGUAGGGGGAUGAGAGUGAAGAGUGGGUUGAGAAGGACCAUAGGGAAGAAUGGGUUGAGGCUGAUGGAUUAUGGAGAGGAUGUAAAUGAAGAGGGGGCUGAUGAGGAGGCAUCGGAGUAUGGUAGAGACCCUUCUGGGCUUGAGAGCAGCGCGGUUCUCUCGCAAGGGAGGAGUGGUGGCGUCGCUGGGAGUGGUGGAAACGGGAAAUGGUCCUAUGUCGGGUGCAAGGAAUGA